CAACGAGGUGUCCCAGUUGCAGCCAUUAAAAUGGAGACUUCCACGCUGACCAAACAAGGACAACGAUUUCUGACCAAGCUAACUACCUCCUCCGCCGCCACCGACAACCUCAUCCGAAGAUUCGUCCAAGGUUCCCCCAAAUCUGUCGUUCUCACCACUCUCUCACACCUCCUCUCUCCCACCACCUCCUAUCCACAACUCUCUACCCUCGCGCUCCCACUCUACGGGAGAGCCAGCCAAGCCCCGUGGUUCACCUGGAACUCCACCACCGUGGCCGAACUCGCCGCGCUCCUCCACAAACUCGGCCACCGGGCCCAAUCCGAAGCCCUGAUUUCCGAGGCCAUUUCCAAGCUACAAUCUCGCAAACGCGAACUCGUUGUCUUCUACGGCAAACUCGCGGAAGCGUACUCCAAACGAAAGUCCGAAACCGGCUUCGAUGUGGCUUACGGUUACCUCGACAAUCUUCUCCGCACAUCGGAAUCGGUGCACGUGAAACGCAGGGCCUACGAGUACAUGGUGAGUGGGCUGUGUUCCAUGGACAGGCCCCGUGAGGCAGAGGGUUUAGUUAUUGGACCUGCCGCUGGGCUUGGGCUUAAACCCUCAGGUUUUGAAUUGAAGUCAAUUGUGUACGGAUACGGAAGGGUGGGGUUGUUUGAGGAUAUGCGGAGAGUGGUGGAGGAAAUGGAGAAGAAAGGGUUUGUGGUUGACACGGUAUGUUACAACAUGGUUAUUUCGGCUUAUGGGGUUCACGGGGAGCACGUGGAAAUGGUGACGUGGCUUCGGAGGAUGAGGGACUCAGGGGUUCCGUUUUCCGUCAGGACUUACAACUCCGUUACGAAUUGUUGCCCUGGGGUUUUGAGAAUGGUGGGGGGAUUGAGCGAAUUGGCGUUGUCGAUGGAAGAAUUGAAUGAGGGUUUGGACGGAGGGGAGGGAAUGGUGGUGAGGGAGUUGUUGGGCUGUAGUGGGAUUUUGGAGGAGGUGAUGGUGUGGGAGGCGUCGGAGGUGAAGCUGGAUCUGCAUGGCUUUCACUUGGGUGGGGCUUAUUUGGUGGUUUUGGUUUGGUUGGAGGAGAUGUGGAGAAGGUUGAAUGGGUUGAAUUGUGGGAUUCCGGCGGAAGUUACGGUGGUUUGUGGGUUGGGAAAUCACAGCAGUGUUCGAGGGGAAUCGAAGGUGAGAGUGCUGGUGCAGAAGAUGAUGGUGAAAAUGGGAAGUCCGUUGAAGGUUGAUAGGAAGAACAAUGGGUGCUUUAUUGCAAAAGGAAAAGCUGUUCAAAAUUGGUUGUGUGAAAUGAGGAAGGCACCUCUGAGUGGACCUGCUUCUCUGUAAAUGGUAGUAGUUUAAGGUUAUGUGAAGUAAAAUAGGAAACCCUGAAAGGUGGUCAAUUUACUGUCUUUGUUAUUGAAGGAGGUUAACCUUUUUCGUUCAAGAAAAAACUGUGAAUUAAGACAGAUAAUGCAUGCACAUUGAAAAUUUUAGUGAUAUUUUAGGAAGACAUGAUGAAGAGGUAAA